AUGUGGCGAUCACACAAUCAUUGGAACCCACAGAGGCGAACUCUCGCGCGUGCGAUAUUUCCAGAUAGUUCGGAAAAGCAGGUUACAGAAAAGGGCCAAAUCCCCAAAGUUAGCAUCAGUAUUUGCGGUCAGGUAGUGUCCACAUUGAUCGAUAGCGGCUGUGAAUUGUCUUGCGUGUCAGAACAAUUCUUUGAAAAAGUUUUGCUGCCUAACGGAGUUCCGGUAUUACCCGUUUCAGGCGUUAAUGUUGUAGGAGCGAUGGGGGAACGCAGUUGUCGAGUUCACCACCAAGUGCUGAUUAAAUUUGAAUUAAAUGAUCAUGCGAUGGAGACUAUUUGUUUAGUGGUUAGGAAUCUAGUACAUCCCAUAAUUUUUGGAUCGAAUUGGUUGACGGAGAUUAACGGAAUUAUCAAUUUUUCAUACGGUAGCUUCACUUUUUCUAAAAGCAAACAGCUAGUGACUGUUGAAUUUUUGGAAUGUAUAGGAAAAGAGGAAAAGCAAGGGGAACAGGAACCCGAAGAUGAGUCGUUUAAAGUUAUCGGUAAUAUUCAACUUAGUAAGGAGGAAAGGGAGGACAAUCAAAUCAUAAAUAAAGAUCAACAGGUUGAGUUAGGCAAUUUAAUGACAGAAUUAGGGGAAGUCUUUUCCGAAAAACCCGGUUUAGCGACCGUUUACGAGCAUGCAAUCAAUGUUACCGACAAAUCGCCGUAUUUUGUUAAGCAGUACCCCAUCCCUUUUGCGCAUAGACCUGAAUAUAGUUACAUUUCCCUCUUGCGCCCUCCAAUAACUGACAGCACAGCGCCAGGCGCCGAGCUUAUUGAUAAAGUCGAGUGGAAGCAGGUUUUUGAUAUUCUAUGGAGUGAUCCACAACCAGGCGAUGGAUGCAUUCCAAAUGGACUACGAGGAGCCGGAACGUAUUUCGGCCCUGACGUAACAAAGAGGUUCCUCAAACGGAACAAAAUGCUGUACUUAAUACGUUCGCAUGAAUGCAAACCGGAGGGAUAUGAAAUUAAUCACAACAAUAAAGUUAUAACAGUAUUUUCCGCAUCAAAUUACUACGAGUUGGGAUCGAACAAAGGAGCUUAUCUGAAAUUAGUGGGACCACAACUUGAUACGCACUUUGUUCAGUAUACGGCGGCCACCGGUAAAACAAAACGUCUUACCUUUCGACAGAGAAUAGGCCUUGUUGAAUCCUCGGCGAUAAGGGAACUGAGAGGGCACAUUAUGUCAAAUAGGGAACGCCUACAGCAAGAAUUUCAGAAAGCCGAUCCCGAUUUAACCGGUUUUAUUCCAGUAAGCGAAUGGUGCAAGUCAAUGGAAACCGCAACAGAAUUGGGGUUGCCAUGGCGAAUGUUACGGGAAAAAUUAGUGGCGCUAGAAGCCGACACACAAAUGGUUAAUUACUCCACUACUUUUGAUAAAAUUAAUGAUAGUGAUAUUACUACCGUCCAAGGCGCAAGUACCGUUGUCGAACUUAUAGUCGGCAAUACAAAUUCAGGUUUCAUCAGUUUAGAAGAGUUUUCGGACGCAUGCAACUUAAUUCGAGAACACAUGCCGAAUCCAAUUAGCCACGACCAACUGUUGGACAUGUGCCGACUGAUGGAUAUGAACAAAGAUGGCUUAGUAGACCUUAACGAAUUUCUGGAAACGUUCCGUAUGGUAGAUCCCGAACAACAGGGAGGGGAGUUUAGAACUUUCUCAACGGAGUUGUCCAAAGUAAAUGUGAAAACAUCUCCCAAUCACCUUUCCGAUAAAAAGGAAGGUAAUGGUCUGGUGCAGAAUGAAGUUUGUGCGUCACCCUCGCUCAAAGACGAUCUGCAUUCGUCGUUAUUUGGGUCUCCCGUGCAUAACGUCGUAGAAAAUAAUAUAGAUUCGCCGUUACUGUCGAGUCCAAAAGCGUCUAAUGUAACAGUGACAAUAACCAAUACUUCUCCACCUAGCUCUCCGAAUUCCUCUUCGAAUAUUAUUAAUACUCUAGGAAAAUCGCCUGUGUUGAGUAAUCGACUUGCUAGAAAGUAGAAUUAAAUUUAUUUUAAACGGUUUGGUGUUUUUAAUCAUUUCCCAGCCAAUCUGUUGGAUAAAAGUCAAAAAUCUGGGAAUCUUCUCGCAUUGUGAUUUGAUUUGUUUCCUAAGUUAUUUAAGAGGAACAUAAAAUCAAUAUAGAAUUAAGUCUAUCUUUAUAUACCUACCAAUUUCGAGCGUAAUUUGAACAGUUUCGUAAUAUAAGCUAACAAAAGUUGGAUGAAUUUAUCAGAUAAUGGGAGAGAAUAUCCUGUGUUAUAAUUGCUACUCCAUAUGUGAAUUUAUAUGAUGUUAUAAACUUGUAGUAGGUAUAAAUGUCGUUUUAAAUGGUGCUAUAUAAACUCUUACUAUGUUAAAAGCGCGAAUGUUUUCCAAACUUGCUUAAACAAUAUACAAACAACUAAAAAUUAUGAAUAAAAAAGACAAAACGUUCUCAUAAUCACAUAUCUUAUUCUACUACACAUACUUAUAUAAAUGUUAAAAGAUUAAUAAUUCAAAUUAAUGAAAGUUAUAUAUAACAGUUGUAAGCGUAAAAUUUCUAAUAGGAGCAAUAAAAAUCUAGUAUAUCUAGAUUGAGCUAGUAGAUUUAUAUUAUAUAUACAAAGGGGCCACUUCCAUGUAUCCUAAAUAUAAAACCUAGUUUAUAUCGCUUGUCCAAGUUUCUUGUUAUAGUUGUAGAUGAAAUAUUAUAUAUUUAAAUAAUUAUCUAUAUAAAGUAAGUGUAACCCAAUAUUUUGUGAUAUAAUUUUUAUAUGCGUAUGUAUAAGUUAAAGUAGUAACGAAUGAUGGGUUUACAGGUGGGUUGGUAUCGAAUUUUAAUGUAUAAAAUGUCGCCUAAUAGAAAAAAUGGUGGAUGACCAAAUUUUUCCAAUUAGAAGUAGAUGCAUAAAAUUCUACCAUCCUGAAGGAGUUUUUCAAUGAUUCCCAAUUAAAUUUGACAGACAUGUGUUAGGUUCUUAUUUUAAAUCAUUUACAAUAUUUUGAAUUAUUUAAUGAAAUAUGUCAUUUUGACUUUCUUACAAAUUGUAACUGUUUACAACU